GUACAGUAUACCCGCUACAUUAGACUACACCACUGCAUCCCAGUCUGUCUUUCUGUAACCUAACAGUAAUGGCGUCUGUUCCUCUGCGUCCAUGCGGGUUUUUAAUACUCCGAUAAAUAGUCCAAUAGGUAGAGAUUUAAAAAACUACAAAACAGAAGACACGUCCCGCUGUUUCACAGCUCUUCUCCCGCAGAUAACCGGUAGAUCCUCCCGGUUUGUCGGUCGCCUUGCUUAGAGGGAGAAAGAGAAAAAGGCACCGUGGCGAGUUUGGUUUUGAACCAGGUGGCCUGCAGCAAGAUGGCGUCGGAGGCUGCGCAGUAAGGAGAAGACGUUGGCGGUGACGUUUCAGUGCAAAAAGGACACCGCAUGUUUCCCCCCCUUCAGUUAGAAACAGCUCCACGAUGCCAAGGGGGUUUGUUACGACGGAAAACAGACGAUAACGCUCCGGAUUAAUGUUACACCGUCGAAAUACUUGAUGUUUUCGACCACGCAGAAGGAUGCCUUCUUGAACCAUCUACAGAUGUAUAAAAAGCGGGUUCCUCCUGCUCUUUAGAUGUCUGGGACCCGUUCAUGGCCUCUAAGAAGAAGAAGCAGAAAGGAAUGGUUUUCCAUCAGGAAGGGGCAGCCAGCCCGGCAGUGGCCCCAGCCGCCGACCAUCCACCUGCACGCUUCGCUGUUCCCAAACCGGGGAAGGCAAGCGAAGGCGGGAUGGAGCAAAGCACCCGCAUAACCAAUAAAGAGGCAGAUAUGAUUGGUACACCCAAAAUGUACCCAUCAAAAGAACCCAUCAGGACUUCUGACGGUCUUCCUACAGUGAAAGACCAUCAGUCGGACAAUCUGUCGCCUGAUAGCAUCCGCAAUGGCAUCAAAGUGACUCUGGACAACAACAGCAUGUGGAACGAGUUCUUCCGAUGCAAAACGGAGAUGAUUAUGACUCAACAAGGCAGCAGGAUGUUCCCCUCCUGCCGCUUUCGAAUCUCUGGCUUGCAGCCAUCGAGGAAGUACUCUUUGAUCAUAGACGUUCAGCCGUUGGACAGCAGUCGUUACAAGUGGACCGGCAAGAACUGGCAAGUUGCUGGAAAGGCAGAGUGUCAUGUUAAGAGUCAACCGUUCGCUCAUCCAGAUUCCCCAUCAGUGGGUCAACACUGGAUGCAGAAUCCAGUGUCCUUUUACAAACUGAAGCUCACAAACAACAUUUCAGAUCAAGAGGGGAACACCAUCCUGCAGCCGAUGCACCGCUACUUGCCGCGACUGCACGUGGUCCAAACUGACAAAGCUGCUAAAGACAUAAAGCUAAAUGGUCCUAGCGUUGUCACAUUCACUUUCCCUCAGACUGAGUUUAUGGCAGUAACUGCUUACCAGAACUCACGGUUUUCUCAGCUUAAAGUCGACUACAACCCGUUUGCGAAAGGACUGAAGGAGGAGGGCGCCAGUUCGUUGGGCCUUCUAAAGCUGAAAUUGAACUCUGGCAAAGACUCACACAAAGACGGAGGCACAACAAGCAACGAGCAACAUCCCGUGAAAAAGAGCUUGAAGUCUUUACUCGCCAACCAUAAACCUAAAAGCUCAAAACCAGUGGAUGCAAAGCCUUCGGGGUCAGGUGACCUCCAGAAAAAACCCACUGCCAAAGAAGAUCAGUCAGCUGCCAGUGUCACUGGGGAAAGUUCGCGCAGCAAUCCACGUCCAGCUCAGAAGUUAUUUUCUGAACUGAUUCGGGAGGCUCACGUUUCACUGCAUAGGUGCAACCUGGAGCAGUUGGGCAUCAAUAGCAACACCUCUCACAGAACUGAGCGGACCAACACUAAAACCACAGCUUUGAAAAGCAAAGAUGUUCCCAAAAGGGACAGCAUAUCUGGCAAAACACAAAGCGAAACAUCAUCUGCAAAGAAAGCGGACACUGUUGUAACAAAGAGGACAGUUAAGAAGGACAAGGACCUUUCCAAUUCAUUGAACUGCAAAGACAAUGUUAGGACAGAUUGUUCUGAGGUCAGUAAUGUUGUUGCUGCUCCAGCUGUGGCCCAGAACUCCUCUGUGGACUCAGACCACAAAAGUAACCCCGAAGCUCCAUCAGAGGUGAAAGUAAAGCAGCGUAAACGGCUGGCGCCUCUGCCUCUGCCAGCCCUGGCUCUUUUCUUGAAGCAGCAUUCGACGAAAUCUAAAAUGGCCAAGAGCAAGCAGGACUCUCCUCCCCCCAAAGCUGCUGCUUGUCCACCUUCUGAUCCGUGUCCACCUUCUGAUCCCACCAGCAAAGCAACUACUUCCUCAAAGGACCUCACUGAAGACCUCCCAAACCAGGCCUCCGGACGUACUGAUGCACCUCUUCAUCCAGAUAAAACCGUUUUGAAUGUUACUGGACACGCGGUUGUAACUGCCCAUAAGCCUUCUAGUCCUUCAUGUCCAGAUGCUGUUGUCUCUACAGACCCAAAGACACUAAGAUCUGAAGAUUUCGUGGCUUCUGUUUCUGAAAACACAGGCCCAGAGGCAGCUGUACCACGUGAUACACAAGUGUUACCCAAGUCAGAUCCGCCGUUUUGUACACAAAGUACAUGCAUAUCCAACAUUUCCUCAACUCUUGCUACCUCUUCUGUAUCUCCCACAUUGUCACCGCCACUCGACACAGUGUUACUUGCCCCAAACUCGCCACAAACGCCAACCAUCACCGAGUCAUCCACACUACCUUCAGACUCGUCAACAAUGAAGUCUGAUUCUUCGCUACCUGACCCUGAGUGUUCUUCGUUUGGCUUUGAGCCUUUGUCACCUGCGAGCUCUCCAGAACCGUUACCUUCCCUGCCCAUCUCGUUGGCUUUCGAACUUGACGCCAAUACUUCUGAAACCACUCCAAAAGCAGUAUGUCCCGAAGAGUUACAGCACAGUGAAGACUCUUCUGCAUCGGUGUUCAAAUGGCAUACAGUGUUACCUCCACCUGAGCCGUACAUAGACACUUCGUUCACAACAUUUCAGUCCACGCCACAGACUCUUCCUUUACCGUCUGUUACGUCACCUUUGUUGCCUUCCCAGACUCCCUCCCAUCCUGAACCACAGAGUCUUGACACCUCCACACCCAUUCCUCCUUCUGAUCCUGCUCCAUCAUUUCAAGAAAACGAACAGUCGCUGCCCUUCCCUGCAGAACUGUCCCCCCUCGCGCUUCAGUUGCCGCUGUCUCCAACCUUUUCGUCAUUAGGCGGAGACGGAUUGUCACCUACGCCUUCACUCGCCGACCUCGUGCAGUUUUUCUCCAUCGAUGACAACCUUGGGAUGGAGGUGGAGUUUGCAAGCGCAGAGCCAUUGCCUGUUCCCUUCCAGCCUCCGACUACAGUAGAAACAAAUGCUCAUGAGCCUUCUCAGCAGGUGCAACCAAUCCCAGCCAACAAACCCUGCAAACGCAAGAAGAAGUCCCGGCAGCGAAAGCUUGCUAAAAUGGAUAUUAAUCCAGAGAUGGAUGCCUCCCUCUACACUAAAAUGCAGCCUAACCUGGAGGAAGUGGAGGAGCAGUUAUUUGUCUCAUUCACAUCGAAGGAGGCCCUCAAACUUCACAUCGUAGACUCUUCUGAUGUCACCCAGCAGCCCGAGACGACACCUGAAAGUCACCUGCACCAAACAGCCGCCGCACCUGAAAACGUAGAGACGGCCGAGGGUUUGGAGGAGAAGAUCGCUGCCUUUGAGAAGAUUCUCCUGAGAGACUUGAAGCUCAUGAGGCACCGACAGGUGAUCCAUCCUGUGCUGCAAGAAGUUGGUCUGAAGAUGAACCUGUUGGAUCCGACUCUGGCCAUCGACCUGCAGUACCUGGGGGUCCGUCUGCCCAUCCCGCCGCCUGGAGUCCCUCUGGAGCCGCUGACCCAGGAGCUGCCACCGCCACCGCAAGGUGUUUCUGCAGCGUUUGUGUCCAGAACAGGAAAAACAACAGAUGUGACUCAGAUUAAAGGUUGGAGAGAGAAAUUCACUCCAUCUGAGGCUCCGCCCACUCCGACGCCAAUGCCAACACCAACGCCAACGCCAACACCAACCAAACCUGAAGCUGGUCCGAGUUCCGACGUGCCGAAGAAGAACCUGUCUGCGUUCUGCAGCGACAUGUUGGACGAGUAUCUGGAGAACGAGGGGAAGCUGAUCGACGAGCGCGCGGCCAGCUUCUCCCAGGCUACGGUGGAGCCGCUGGUGUACCAGCUGCCCACGCACAGCACCAGCUACGUCCGCACACUGGACAGCGUCCUGAAGAAGCAGAGCACGGGCUCGCCGACAUCAGAUCUCAUCUCUGGGUUCAUCCCCCCCUCCAAGAGACCCAAACUGCCCCUCAGAGAGAGGAAGGCAGCCAGGAAGGAGAUGAGGCAGAAAGGUCCGAAACACAACAGACCCCGAGCAGAACCCGCUGCAGGUCCGACGCCAGCUGGAUCUCACCCAGCGGUCCCGGUCCCAUCGGUCCCGAUCCCAGCGGUCCCGUUGGCCGCCGCUGCUGCGUCAGAGCGAUCAGAACCCACCACUGAGAUUUAUAAACCAAAGAAACACCUAAAGGUCCGGUUCCACCACACAGAACCGUUAACGCUGUCCCCAAAACUCAAGAAGAGACAGAAGCUGAAACCCAGGACUUCGUCCCAGACGCUCAGCCCCCUAAAGUCUCCAUCGGCGCCGCCCGGCGUCUCCGCUGACAUGGCGCCGCUGGAGUCGGACUCGGAGCUUGGCGCGGCCGGCGAUCAGCCGGUGAUGACCCGCGCUCUGCUGAGACAGAAGGACCUGGAGGACGGCGCGGUGUGGGAGGGACGGCAUCGAACCAGCGUCACCGAGGAGAGGGCCGCCGUCGCUCUGACCUCGCUCUUCACGCUCAAGGGUUUCGUCACAGAGAACCCGACGGCCCCGAUCCAGCUGGCGUGUAGACGGGCCCCGGCGUGCCUGAGUGCGAGCUGCAGGCUGGGUUGUGUGUGUGCCUCUCUGGCCCACGUGUCCCGGCUCGGCCACUGCGGGCGGCCUGCCUGCAUGUUGGGCUGCAGCUGCCUCAAGCAGAAGGUGGUGCUGCUGAAGAACCUGGAGGGGUCGGACUCCAGCCCCGGACACACCGGGCCCGGCAGGAAGAGGAAGAGGAAGAGGAGGAUGAAGAUGGCCUACGUCCUGAAGGAGGCGGACAGCGUUUCCCAGCCUGCCGAGCGGGUCCGGACCCUGUGGAAGAGAGGAGACUCCGAUCCAGACCCGAUCCACGCUCCCAGACCUGCAGCCUCGCCCCACCGCGCUGAGAGGAGAGAGGAGAGCAGCAGCUGUGCCAGAGUCCGAGCGUUCAAAGAGAGGAAGAAGAGGAAGAGGAAACAGAUCCUCCAGGAAACCCUAGCGGAGACGCCUGAACACGUGAAGCAUCCAGAAGUCGUCCGGCUGAGAUCUCUGAAGCAGAGAGACCUGAUGCUGAAGGACUCAAAGACCACACCCCCCACUCCUCUAUCAGCAGUCCCUCCCGUUCCCCUGGCCGAUCCGGCCCCGAAGCCGUCCAAGCGCCUUGUGAUCGUGGCGGACUGUAAGUGGGUGAGCGAUGGCGACCGUAACCACGUGUUGAAGCAGCUGUGCGAGGCGAUGGCUCACGACCGUCUUGGCGAAGCCUUCUGGAUCCGAGACUACCUGAUCAGCCCCCUGGCACAGACGGUGGAGCAGAGUGGCGGCGAGCGAUGCAUCCACUACAGGAUGCACAUCUCCAGACCCAAACUGGAGCGGGAAAAACCCGCCACGCCAGUGAGGGCGCAGCUGGCGAGGAAACAGAGGGAGACGGAACAACAGAAGCUGGAGGACAUGGCGCCUCCGGAGGCCUGGCAGCGGGAGGUGGAAGAGGAAGACGAGGAGGAAGAGGAAGGGGCGGAGCCUCUGGAAGACUGGCAGCGAGAAGUGGAGGAAGACGACUUGGAGGAGGAAGAGGAGGAGGAGCCAACAGGUCCCCAGGUGCAUGAUGGGAGAGAGAGCAGCAGGACGGAGAUGAGGAAGAGGAAGAUGAUGAUGGCGAGGAUGGGUCUGCCGUUCCUCACCGGAGUCUCCCCCACCGGCUUCCUCUCAGCCAAUAGGAAGCAGCCGGGAGGAACAGACCACCUGGUCCAGGUGAACGGGAAGCUGUAUCCGCUGGCUAAGAUCCAGUUGGGGAGGAUGGGGGCGCUCCAUCCGGCCAAUCGGCUGGCAGCGUACCUGACGGGCCGGGUGGGCUCCAGCAGGAAGCAGCCGACCCCCCCGGCCUUCUCCUCGGGGGCCACCGCCCCCCCACCCAAACCUCCACCAACCGUCACCGUGCUCACCCUCCCAACCUCCCCCACAGUCCUCCCGCCGGCAGCUAUGAAGGUCGACCAAUCAGCUGCGAGCUCUGAGCGGUCUGCAGGUGACGGCCCUGAGGGGGCGGGGCCCCGCAUGGUCACAGUGAGGCUGUACCCAUCUCUGAUGGGGGGGCGCAGUCAGAUCAGGGUGGUACCCGCCAACCCUGCUGGCUCCGCCCACCUUACAGACUCUCCUCCGGUGACUCCGCCCCCUAAAACCUCUCAGCUGUUGAUGCUCCAGGUCCCAGGUUCCCCCGCCAAGCCUCCGCCCCCCCCCGCCCAGACCAUGGUGCUGCAGCCGGUGCAGAUGGCGUCCGGCGCCCAGUUCUACCGCAAACCGGACGGGAAACUGGUCCAACUGAUCCCUAUCAACCAGCUGAGACCAGUCAACCCCGAGCCGUCCAAUCACAGAGUCCUCCCCGCUUCCCUUCAGACUCCAGUCGACCAAACGCCGCCGACCCCCGCAACCACGGUAACCAAGGUAACCACAGUAACGCCCGCCUCCCUGUCCGGCUUGUCCACCUUCUCGGUGUCCGCCAUGGCCGCCCCGCUGCGCCCCGCCUCUGGCUUCCUGUCUCAGAAGGGGACGUGUACCUUUAAAAUCCUUCCCUCUGACUCCAGCCGGGAGCCAAUCACCGUCACCUGUCCCAGAGUUCCCGCCAAGACGCCAACACCGCCGCGACCCCCCACCGUCAUCCACGUGCCCCCCCCACCUGCCGCCGCGCCGCUGAACCUCAUCUCCCUCAAACCCUCCGCAGGCCGGGGGGCGGAGCUUGGCGUCAAAACGGUGGCUGUGGCUCCGCCCCCUGCGGUGACUGUGGCUCCACCCCCUGCUGUGGCUGUGGCCCCACCCCCUGCUGUGGCUCCGCCCCCUUAUGUGGCUGUGGCUCCUCCCCCUGAGGCGUUUGUGCGUCAGGAGCCGGCGUGUGCCCUGGUGGACCUGGACAUCAUCUGCGUGGACGAUGACACGGAGCUGGUUGCCGCGGACACGGAGCCGGUUGCCGCAGAGACGCCGGACGUGGUGGAGCUGCACGGGUCGAGCAGUGAGACGGAGAACUCGUCCGACUUCGGAGACGAACUGGAUGGAGACGAAGAGAAAGACAACCAACGUUACCUUCACAACGUGCUGGAGAGGCAGCGGCGGGGGGAGUUACGGAUGCUGUUCGAUGCUCUGAAGAGAGAAGUCGGGCUGAGGGAAGAGAAGACGACAAAGAUCUCCACGCUCAAGAAGGCUGUGCAGGUGAUCUCGGCGCUGCGGACGGCUGAAUCACGUCUGGAGAGGAAGAAGAGGAGGCUGACGAGGACCAGGGAUGAGUUCCUCUCCAUCAUCGCCCCGACGUCAGAGGACAGCAGCCGGGCGCUGUGGCGGAGGAGAGAAGGCGUGCUGGAGGUUGUAGAUCUGUCCAGCGAGACGGACAACUCGUCCGACGAAGAGAGACCCGUUACCAAGACGACCAACGUCAUCACCGUCACUAACGCGGAGGAUGAGGUUCAGAGCGUUGCCGUGGAGACGGUGAAGGAGAGCAGUGGUCUGAACGCGGCUCAGAGGCGUCUGGCGAGCAUCAUAAACGUCGACUCACAAAGCAGUUUGAGCGUGAAGGAGACGGCCGCUGAUCGCAGCGUCUCCGCCGCCUUCAGAAUGCUCCGGUCAGUCAUGGACGCCGAAACCUUGCCCAACAAACAGCUGCUAAAGCAGGCUCAGCAGGAGAUCCAGAGUCUGCAGAACGAGAUGGGGAGACUCAAGAGUCUGAAGAUCUGUCUGAACCAGCAGAGGAACGGCUUCAUCAGAGAGAUCUCCCACAGAUCAGGUGAAAGUGAGCAGAGAAUACGCAAGAAGCUGCAGCACCUCUCCUCCACACAGAGCACAGCCAAUCAGCAGCAAGCUGCAGCAGCAGGGGGCGGGACCUCCGACCCUCCGACAGGAGACUCCUUCCUGCAGACCCACACUCCACAAGCUCCUCCCACUCAUCAGGCUCCUCCCAUUCCCCAGGCUCCUCCUACUCCACAGGCUCCUCCCACUCCAGUUCCCCAGCAGCGAGUCCCGGCUCCCCCCGCAGCGAUCGGGCGCCCGAGGACCGUCCCCAACAUCCUGUCCCGCAGUAAGGUUCCCGCUGCUUUGGCGUCGGCUCCGUUCCCGGCAGAGCUGCUGUCCCUGGUGAGUCCGAUCCUGACGCUGAGCCCGCUGAUGGCGGCACCAGUGGCGCUGCAGACGUCUCCUCCGACUCCAGGCGUGGCCUCAGUCACUCUGACCAAUCAGCAGCUCCACCUCACCUCACUGCCCCUCCCCCCGCCCGGUAAGAUCUACAGCAGCUCCGCCCCCCUCGCCUUCACUAACCUCACAGCCGCUGACUUCAGCAACCUGCUCCAAGUACUACAGUCCUCAAAUACACAACAAGUACUACAGCCCUCAAAUACACAACAAGUACUACAGCCCUCAAAUACACAACAAGUACUACAGCCCUCAAAUACACAACAAGUACUACAGCCCUCAAAUACACAACAAGUACUACAGCCCUCAAAUACACAACAAGUACUACAGCCCUCAAAUACACAACAAGUACUACAGCCCUCAAGUACACAAAAAUACUACAGCCCUCUACUACACAACAAGUACAAAUACAAGAACCACAGCAACAAAUACUUCAGACACAAGAAAUAUUACAACUAUCACCUACACAACCACAACAACAAAUACUACAUUCCCAAAUACAACAACAGCAACAAGUACUGCAACCACAGAUACUGCAGCCCCCCCCCCAGCAGCGGCAGCAGGAAGUCCCGCCCCCUGGCCCGGAGACCGGAGACAGAGACGAGAGUCUGACCUCGCUCCUCAACGAGAUCGUCUUCCUCAACCAGCAGAACGUCGCCAUGGCGACCGGCACCGCGGUCACGUCACCGUUACCGGAGAAGAAUCCGCCCUCUGAGGAUGAUGAUGAUGGUGAUGAUGUCAGAGCGGUGGGCGGAGCCACAGAGCCAGGCCCCGCCCA